AUGAAGUUUCUUGUCGUUUUACGAUUUCUUGGAUUUAUUUGUGUGAUUCACCUCUCAGAAUCAUUUAACUGGACAGUGCAACCUGAAAAUCCAACAUUGGUAACAAUAGGAGAGGACAAGUCACUUAUAUGGGAGUUCACUCUAAAUGCUAAUGAACAGACCAAGAGUGAUCUUUUUAAUUUUGUUACGUGGAGCAAGUUAAAUCAAUCAAGUUUAGAGUAUGACUUAGUUGGGGCAAAAACAUUUGUCAAAUCUUUUGGCUUAGCUUAUAAAGAAUCCAUGGCCCCACAUAUUCAGGUUGAUAGAAAUCGCCAAGCCACCUUACUCAUUAAAAAUGUAAGGAGAGAAAAUGAAGGAACAUACAAGAUUGAGUAUGGUGUAGAAUUUGAUGGGACAUUACUGGCUUAUCAGGAAUUUAAUAUAACAGUUUCAGAAACCCCUGAAAUUGUUAAUGUGACCGGUGACCAAUAUUUUUGCGUGGGUUCUAUGGUAACUUUGAGUUGCAAAGCAACUGGUAAACCAAUACCAAAUAUUACUUGGACAAGAGUGUGGGAUGAUGGUACUGACAGUGGAGAGGUACCAUCUAUAGAUGGGUUUUAUGUCAUCAGUAAUACUAGCAGAAGUUCCCAUGGAACAUACCGCUGUACAGCAUCCAAUGGAAUUGGGGAUCCUGCUAAUCAGACAACAGAGGUGAUUGUGGGAAAUUCUUCAUCAGUGGAUGAUGUUGUUAAAUCUUCAAAUACUGCAAUUGAAGGUCAUCCAUAUAACCUGAGUUGUGAGGUAUCAGGGGAUCCUGUACUAAUUGUUUCUUGGAUCAAAGUCAGCAGUGGUGAGCACCGCGUUGGGAGAAUAUUAAAUUUCACAAGCAUUAGUAGAAAUGAUGCUGGAAGUUACACAUGUGAAGCAAGUAAUAGAUGUGGAAAGGACUCUCAGACUGAAUCUAUCAACGUGUUAUGCACUGGAGGGAAACAGAGGACUUGUGAAGAUGAAAGAGGUGUUUACGAUAAUGAACUAGAAUUGGAAGAUAUCGAACCAAGUCAGCCCGAUUCAAAAAACCUCAGACAACCUUCUACGGAAUACAUGGAUCUCAUAGUCAGCAAAGAUAAUAGAAAAGCACAAACUGCUGGUUCAGGUGCUGAUUACGCGCCUCUUCAUCCAUUGACACGCUCCUGGGAAGUUCCAAGACGUCACGUGAACAUAGAAAAAAUCAUUGGUAAAGGUGCAUUUGGUCAGGUUGCGAAGGGAACAGCAGUAGAACUUCGAGGGAGUCCUGAAACGACCACAGUAGCUAUAAAGAUGCUUAAAACAAACGCUGCUGAAUCGGACAAGAGAGAUUUGAUGAAAGAACUUGACACAAUGAAGCAGCUGAAACCACAUCCUUACGUCAUUAAACUUCUGGGAUGUGUUACAGAAUCUG